GGUGCUGGUACGCAAAUAGGCGCUAGGGGGCAGAGAGGCGACCUUAUUCACUGUCCAACUUGAAAUUCAAAAGCAUCCUUAGAAAUAAAACGACAGUGUGGUGGAUCGCGUUUGAGCGAGGAUCAUGAGUACCAGCGUUGAGCCGAUUGGCGCGCCACGCAGCGCCCAUCAGCGAUUGGUGUGUUGGGAAGAGAUCACAAGAACAGCGGCAGCGGUUGACAACACACAGGAUAUGGCACAAGGACAGAUAUGAGUCAAACGUAUCGAGCAGGAUGAUUUCUCAUUACGAAUAUGGAUCUAUUGCCGUCUAAUUGGUUCAGAUUAUUUUCAUGUGCACUAGGCAUCACAAUUCUCAUCACACUGAUAAAUGGUGUGCCAGCCAAUCGGACGGACGACCCAUGCUCUCCCAACCCGUGCAACAACCGUGCCAUCUGCCGUAGCCGUGGCGACGGCUACUCGUGUUUCUGCGUGCCCGGGUAUCAGGGCCGGCUCUGCCAGCUGGAGGUGGAUGAGUGUGUGUCCCAGCCGUGUCGCAACGGGGCCACCUGCGUGGACCAGGUGGGCAGGUACAGGUGCACCUGCAGCCCAGGAUACACAGGUGCCACCUGUGAGCUCGAGAUAGACGAGUGCCAAUCACAGCCAUGCCUCCACGGCGGCAGUUGCCGUGACUACAUCAACAGCUUCGCGUGCAGCUGCCGGCCUGGUUUCCAGGGAGACCGCUGUGAGAUAGAUGUGGACGAUUGCAGAGAGCGGCCGUGUCAAAACGGGGCCGUCUGUACAGACGGGAUAAACAAAUACAGCUGUGACUGCUUCCAGACCGCCUUUAUGGGGCAACACUGUGAAAUCCCGGCCCCGCCAUGCCGGUCUCAGCCCUGUCUCAACAGCGCCACCUGUGUGGAGAAUAAGGGCAAUUACACCUGUCGCUGUUGGCCAGGCUUCCAGGGCCGUGAGUGUGAGGUGGACGUGAGCGAGUGCGCUAGCGCCCCCUGCCUUCACGGAGGCCGCUGCAUAGAGAGGUCCUGGCAGCUCCUCUACGGGGUGGAGCCCCUUCUGCCGGCUAGCUACGACCCCCGGCACGCUGCCGGAUUCACCUGCAGCUGCCAGCCAGGGACCACAGGUACCCUGUGCCAGGAGAUUACCGACCAGUGUGAGGGCAGCCCGUGUCAGAACGCUGGCCUCUGCGAGAGCCGUGUGGGAGGCUACGGGUGCCUCUGCCCCCCCGGGGGCCCAGAGGGGCCAGGCUACGGGGGCCAGAACUGCUCUGAGCUACUGGUGGGCUGCACGGGGCACGAGUGCCAGAACCAGGCCUCCUGCGAGCCCUUCCUCACAGACGGUAUCCACGGCUACUCCUGCUCCUGCGCCCCCGGGUUCACCGGCCCCCUCUGCCAAACCCCCACGGCCUUCUCCUUCGAGCAAAGAGCCCACCUGCUGCUCCAGAGCCCCCUGGUGGCAGCGGAGGCCUCCUGCAACAUCAGCCUGAGCUUCCGGACGGCCGUGCCCAGCGCGGUGCUCUUCCAGCGGGGCAGCGGGGGCCUCCUCCUGGGGCUGGAGGUGGAGGAGGGGCGGCUUCGACUCAGCCUACAGAGGGAGGCCUCGGCUGGGGCGGGCCCUGACGGGCCUGGCCAGGCUCUGGUGGUUCCCCACAACGUCACGGACGGGGAGUGGCACUCCCUGGAGGCGGUCCUCGCCGGCGGGGUGCUUCGGCUCACGCUCUGGGGCGCUGAGGGCUGCGAGAGGGAGGCCUGCCGGGUGGAAGCCCCCGUCGAGGACUCUCUAGUCGUGCUGGAGGAACCAGAGUCCCCGCCUCACUACACCAUCAUAGGGGGGGUGUGGGAGGGCCGGAGCAGGGCAGCAGCCAGGGCCCCUGCCCAGGCCUUCAUCGGGUGUCUGAGGGAUGUAUUUGUGGACUCCCAGCUGGUGGUCCCGGACCAGUGGCUGAGCGACUACGCGGUGAACGUGACUCUUGGCUGCAGCCACAGGGACCGCUGUGUGGUCAACCCGUGCCAAAACCGAGCCCAGUGCAUCAACCUGUGGCAGGGCUACCAGUGCAGAUGCCCCAGACCGUACAAAGGCCAUGACUGUGCAGAAGAGUACGUGACGGCCCGCUUUGGCCACGAGGACCUGCAGAGCUACGCUGAGUUCACCGUGACCGACCAUCCCGGCCACGACAUCACCGUCUCCUUCUUCCUGCGCACGCGUAGCCCCAACGCCCUCCUGCUGGUCCUCACCAACAGCACCAGCCAGUACCUGCGGGCGUGGCUGCAGGAGGGGCGCCUCGUGGUCCAGCUGAACGGCUUGGAGAGCGUGACCGGAGACGGCGAGGUCAUCGACGGCGAGGUCCGCUUCGUGAGCGUGGCAGUGGAGAACGGCAGCAUGGUGCUGGACGUGGGGAACCGGAGGCAGGGCGAGGCGGGGGUGCGACCCCUCGCCGUCCAGGCGGGGGACCGCGUCUACGUGGGGGGGCUGCCCCAGCAGACAGCCUCCCUGGAGGUCGGGGGGUACCUCAAGGGCUGCAUCCAGGACCUCAGGAUUAACCACGCCAGACUGCAGUUCUUCGGGUUGGACGAUGCCCCUGUGAUGUCAUAUCCUGUGGAGAGGUUGGCUAAUGUGACCCCUGGCUGCCCUGGGGACAACUCCUGCAGGAGGAAGCCUUGUCAGAACGGGGGCGUGUGUUACUCAGUGUGGGACGACUUCAGCUGCAGUUGCGCCCCCAGCACAGCAGGGCGGCGCUGUGAGGAGGUGCGCUGGUGCGAGCUCUCGCCCUGCCCCCCGUACGCAGAGUGCAGUCAGCUGAGCCAGGGAUACGAGUGCCUCUCCAAUGCCACCUUCCUGGACGACAGCAGCGUACUGUAUUACCGCGGCAACGGCCGCAUCUCCCGCAACCUGACGAGCGUGUCGCUGAGCGUGCGAACGCGCAAGCGCCACGCCGCCGUCCUACACGCCGAGCGCGGCCCCGAGUUCCUCACCGUGUCGGUGCAGGACGGCUUCCUGUUCCUGGAGCUGCAGACCGGCCCCGCCCCCGUCAGCCUGUCCAGCGGGCGCCAGGUGAGCGACGGCGAGUGGCACAGCGCCCACCUUUUCAUGACCUCACCCUGGGACGAGGCGUCGCGCUGGACCCUGGUGCUGGACGAGGACACGGAGGAAGCCUCUACCUCCGCCACCCCGGGAGGCAACCUGGACUUCCUGCGGGACGGGGUGGACAUCCUGGUGGGGGGACUGGGCCAGGAGGCAGGCUGGAGCCUGGAGGGCUGCCUGGGCCCCAUCGAGGUGGGCGGGAUCGUCCUGUCCUACCUCAGCACGGCCGAGGUCAACCUCCCUCGCACGCAGGACGAGCAGUUCGUCCGCACCUCCUCCACGCCCCCUCGGAGCGGGUGCGGGGGAACGCCCGUGUGCCGGCCCGACCCCUGCCUGCACGGCGCCGUCUGCAGGGACCUCUUCAACCUGUUCAGCUGCAGCUGCGGCGAGGGCUGGACGGGCAGGCGCUGCGAGUUCCUCACCGACACCUGCGCCUCCGGCCCCUGCGUCCACGGCAACUGCAGCGUGACGGGGCUGGCGUACGAGUGUGCGUGCGAGCCGGGGUACCAGGGGGCACAGUGCGAGGAGGAGGUGGACGUGUGCGAGGGGCACCGCUGUGCCCACGGGGGAACCUGUCUCCACGGGGUGGAGAAGUACGCCUGCCUCUGUCCUGAGAACUACACCGGGCCUUACUGCAGGGACCGUGUUGAGGAGGCUCCGUGGUACAUAGUUGUCAAGAACUUGAGACCCAGGCUGCCUGUGUCCGUCUGUGGGGACGAGAGCAGGAACUACACCUGCUUCAACGGAGGGAACUGCACAGACACAGAGCUGUCCUGUGAUUGUCCCCCUGGAUACAGCGGCCACCGCUGUGAGCAGGAGCUGGAUGAGUGUAAGUCCAACCCGUGUCUGAACGGAGGCUACUGCCGCAACCUCAUCAACAGGUUCCACUGCGUGUGCGACAUGAGCUUCGCCGGGGACACGUGUCAGAUCGACCUGACCUCUGAAGGUUUGACCUCUGAACUCCUGUUGACCGUCAGCCUGUCCUCGGUGCUGCUGCUGGCUCUGGUGCUGACCACCGUUGGCCUGGUGGUGGCGCUCAACCGCCGGGCCACCCACGGGACCUACAGCCCCAGCAGACAGGAGAAGGAGGGAUCCCGCGUAGAGAUGUGGAAUAUAGCCCAGCCCCCGCCCAUGGAGAGACUCAUUUGACUCCCGUACUGUUAUUAUGAUUAAUAUGACUCAUUUGACUCCCGUACUUUUAUUAUGAUUCAUAUGACUCAUGACUCCCGUAUGACUUAUAUGAAUAAGGUACCAGUACUCCUUGGACUGUCACUGGGAGACUGACCUCCAGGUGGGGUUAUAAGGACUUUUAUGGGUCAAGUGUGUGCAGCGAGCCACCAUUUUGAAUUCAGUCUCGUCUCUAAGGACUGUAAGGAGACUGGAGACGCAGCUGAAGACUAAAGCCUUCCGUUGUCGAGGACAGUCGGCUGAAUGUCCAGUAUCCUCUGGACCUGCAUGCAGGGCAGCAAAGAGCCAGAGAUGUUUGUAUGUUGUUUCAUUUGUAUUUAUUACUGUGCCUUCAGUUUUAGAGUCUUGGACCUUAGUGUUAGUGUCCCCUAUGUGGUGAAAAUUUGAUUUUUGUGUGUUAAUUUAUUAAAUCCUGUGAUAAUCUCGCCUUAUAUCACAACACAGACAUCCAAAUACAGCAUAAACAUGAGUAUUGUUUAUUUGUAUGUCAGUUCACAGUGCGUACAGACCAAUAGUGAGCUCACUGAGACCAGGAAAUGUGUCUGUGUUCGGUUCUUGGUCAUUCUCCACUGUAAUUAGUGGUCUAUUCUCUUCAUGUUAAUUACGUUUACAGUAUUUUCCAUAUCAAGUAGGCUUGAUGAAAGACAAAAGUAUUUUCAAACUAAAUAAUGUUUAGCUAUUAUUUGAAUGGAGAAAAACUAAAGCUACAACAAAUACUCACUUCUGCCCUCUUGUGGUUAAAAUGUAUUCCUACCGUGCCGGUUUUCUGAUGCUGGUAAAAUAACCAGUUUUUCUUUUAUCUUCAAAAGGAAAAAGCAUGUCAUUGCAUUAAACACAAAACUAUGUAGGA